AUGUGGUACUCGACGCGCCAAGAGGGUUUCGAUGAUCCCCGCCCGUCCCUCCGCGGGCCGUGUGUGGAUCUGCCUGGAUUCCUGUGCUGCGGCGCAAGUGGCAACUCGUACUUCCUUCGGGGCGGGUCUCUCCUCCAAGUCCUAUCGCUUUCUGGUUUGUUCGUCUCUUACUGGACCUUCGGAGGAUCCGGCCUCUUCGGCUAUGAACUCGAAGGCCUCAGCGAGGAGGCGCGAGCGUCGCACUCCUUCCAGAUCGCGAUGGCUGUAUGGUCGGGCCUCUACAUGAUUGGUGCUGCGUACCUCGUCUGCUUCCAGGCCAUUCUUGCUGAUGAUGCGUGCUGGGCUCGUGGGUACCGUGCAGGGAGCAAAAUCCUGCGCCUGGCGACCUUCCUGGAUCUUCUGAGCAGCAUCAUGCAGUUCAUUUUCUAUUUGUACAUCGCCAAGUUCUACAGCGCCAAGUGGUAUGCUCACUUCCAGGAAGGCGGCUCCGAGCGCAUUUUCUUUUCGUACAUUCGCUGCAUGCAUUCGGUGGCCCUCCUCCUGUACGCGUGCGCGUACUACCUGCUUGAAGUUUACCAUGACGAAGGCGCUGGCGACCUCCACGCCUACAUCAACGCCUCCCUCUUCGCGCUCGCGGGAACCGUUGAAUUCUUCGUGCUCUUUGCUGGCAUGAGCGGCCUGGCUACCAUCCUCAUCUGGCUGGCCCUUGUUGCCGUCGCCACGUGGGCGUUCUUCUUCGAACCGGAAGUCAACGAAGUCUCUCCGUCGCUGCAUGAAACGGAACUGACAAACGACGUUGAGCAACAGGUUGAAAAGUUCGCCCGCAUGUCUCCCUACUACCCUGCUGAGGAAACUGGCGCAGCCGCCCCUCUGACGGCUGCGGGGUCCAUGGUCAUGGGGGGUGUGAAAUCUCAAUCAUCGAUGCUGGCACAAGAGGAUGUGGAAAUUGGUGUGGGCCAGAACUAUCGACAGUGA